GGUGACGCCAUUGCCGCGCGACGCGACGAAGUUUCCCACGCCAGCCCGGCACCGCAUCGGCACCGAGACCCACGUGCCGCCUACGACUCAGACGCGUCGACCAGGCCCCCCCUCUCCAUCCCCACCACCAACUCCGGCGCUCCCUCCCCUUCCAGGCCUAUAUAUACGCGCGGUCCGGCUGCAGUGUUCGCCGUGUCCUCAUCAUUUCCCAAAAUCCCAACUACUAGCGUUUAUACUAGUUUAUUACGGGGAGACACGAGCGGCGCGCGUCGACCGGCGGCCUCCCUCCGCAGCCGCCCGAGAUCGAUCUCAGUCUUCCGGCACCGGCAGGGUACGUACAGAGUAGUAGAGGCAGCAGCGGAAGAUGAGCCACCCGGAGAACGGAGGAGCCAGCAACGGGCACGCCGCCGAGGAGCAUCAGGACGUGAUGAUGGAGGUGGAGCCGAAGCAGCGCCGGGCGCCGCGGCUCAACGAGCGGAUCCUCUCGUCGCUGUCGCGGAGGUCCGUCGCCGCGCACCCCUGGCACGACCUCGAGAUCGGUCCUGAAGCUCCGGCCGUCUUCAACGUCGUCGUGGAGAUCACCAAGGGGAGCAAGGUGAAGUACGAGCUGGACAAGAAGACGGGGCUCAUCAAGGUGGACCGCGUCCUCUACUCCUCCGUCGUCUACCCUCACAACUACGGCUUCAUCCCCCGGACGCUCUGCGAGGACAACGACCCCAUGGACGUCCUCGUCCUCAUGCAGGAACCAGUCCUUCCCGGCGCCUUCCUCCGCGCCAGGGCCAUCGGCCUCAUGCCUAUGAUAGAUCAGGGGGAGAAGGACGACAAGAUCAUCGCCGUCUGCGCCGACGAUCCCGAGUACCGCCACUACAACGACAUCAGCGAGCUCUCUCCGCACCGCCUCCAGGAGAUCCGCCGCUUCUUCGAAGACUACAAGAAGAACGAGAACAAGGAGGUGGCCGUCAACGACUUCCUGCCCGCCGCAGCUGCCCGUGAAGCCAUCCAGUACUCCAUGGACCUGUACGGUCAGUACAUUAUGCAGACCCUGCGGCGGUAGAGCGAGCGUGCCCCAUCUUUUCUCUCCCUACUACCAGAUCCCAUCUCAUGCGAGCUGAAGCAAAAGCCCAGAUCAUCAGAACAUCUGGGAUCAAGACACAUGAGUUGUCAAGCUUGUCGACCAUCUCUUUCCAGCGAUAUUUUAGCCUGUAUCUUCCCUUAUUAGUCUUUUGGAAUAUGUCCACAGUGUGGUUUGAUCUAUGUACUCCUCUUCUACGUUUUUGUAGCAUGAAUCAAUAAAAAAUUAAUACUAGUAUGCUA